GAGGCCCGGCAGCAGGAGGAGAAGGAGCAGGAGGAGGACCAGAGUUGGCAGCCGGUUCGGUCCGGUGUCCACCCGCCCUGGGCCAGGUCUCUCAGAGGCACUCCAAAUAUUUUGCAUUACCUUGAUGCUACUGAUAAAACUGAGAUGGCUUUAAACUCAGGGAUACCACCAUACGGACCCUACUAUGAAAACCGUGGUUAUCAGCCCGAAAACUUCUCUCCUCCAAGGUGUCCUGGAGAUUCCAUUGCCUAUGUGCCUUACCCAGCUCCGUACUAUCCUUCUCCAGUGCCUCAGUACAUCCCCAGGGUCCUAACGCACAGUUCCUCACCCGCAGCCUUCGUUCAACCCAAACCGCCAUCCGGGAUCUUGGGUACCUCAAAGGCUAAAAAGGCAAUAUGCAUUGCCUUUUCAGUUGCAAUACUUUUAAUUGGUGCUGUGAUUGCGGCCAUUUUUAUCUGGAAGUUUUUUGAAAAUAAGUGUUUGGGCUCUGGAAUAGAGUGCGGGUCAUCGGGGACCUGUGUCAGCCCUUCUUUCUGGUGUGAUGGCAUAUUCCAUUGCCCCAAUGGUGAAGAUGAAAACCGUUGCGUUCGUCUCUAUGGGCCAAAAUUCAUCCUUCAGGUUUACUCAUCUCAGAGCAAAUCCUGGUAUCCUGUCUGCCAAGAUGAUUGGAAUGAUGACUAUGGGAAGAUAGCGUGUAAAGACAUGGGGUAUAACAGGAAUAGCUUCCACUCAAGUCAAGGGGUAACCGAUUCCAGCGGUGCUACAAGUUUCAUGAAGCUGAACAUGAGUGCCGGGAACGGAGACCUAUAUAAGAAGCUAUACAACAGUAACGUCUGUUCCUCCAAGAUGGUGGUGUCUCUGCGCUGCAUAGAGUGCGGCACGGCCUCCAGAGCGAGCCAGUUGAACCGGAUCGUUGGGGGGGUGGUGGCAGGCCCGGGGGAGUGGCCCUGGCAGGUCAGCUUGCACGUCCAAGGAGUCCACAUCUGCGGCGGCUCCAUCAUCACGCCGGAAUGGAUCGUCACUGCAGCUCACUGCGUAGAAGAACCUGUUUCCAGUCCACGUUACUGGUCAGUAUUUGCAGGAAUUCUGAGACAAUCUGCCAUGUUCUAUGGGAGCGGAUACAAAGUGCAGAAAAUAAUUUCACACCCAAAUUACGACACCAAGUCCAAGAACAACGACAUCGCCCUUAUGAAGUUGCAAGCUCCGUUAACAAUCAACGAGAACGUAAGACCAGUGUGCCUGCCUAACCCUGGAAUGAUGUUUGAGCCCACUCAGCAGUGCUGGAUAUCUGGAUGGGGCGCGACACACGAAAAGGGAAAAACCUCAGACGUGCUGAAUGCGGUAAUGGUACCAAUUAUCGAACCGUGGAAAUGCAAUAGUAGAUUCGUCUACAAUCACCUCAUCACACCUGCCAUGAUUUGUGCAGGUUAUCUCAAGGGACAGAUUGAUUCCUGCCAGGGUGACAGUGGAGGCCCUUUGGUCACCGAGAAAGAUGCCAUUUGGUGGUUAGUUGGGGAUACGAGUUGGGGAUCCGGCUGCGCCAAGGCAAACAGACCCGGAGUCUAUGGAAACCUGACGCUAUUUACCGACUGGAUUUACCGUCAAAUGCAGGCUUACAGUUGAUCCGGGGCCUCGGCAUCAGCGAGUCCAUCAAGGUCUUGAACAUACUGUAUGUAUUAAGCAAUAAUUUGGAGGUUCUGACAUUUAUUUUUAACUGACUAGCAGAUGUGACCGACUUUGCACUCUUCCCAGUUCUGUGCAGGCUGCAGAAACUUUCUUCCCACCCACUUCCCUCAACAUAACUCUCCCCCGCACCCUCCUCCCUUCCUCACCCCCACUCCCUAGCCCCCAGUCUCCCUGCCCCAGAUCUCAAAAGCACUUUAGGUCUUUAUGCAAUGGCUGGGAUCCGAACCGAAACCACUCCUCGGAGUGCCCGGGGUCUUUUUCCGAUUGGACUGUCCCACCCUGGGAAGUGGAGAUUCUAGAGUUUCCAGCGUGACCCUCUUUCUCUCCCAAGCGGAGCGUACCAGCCGCAGUCGGCUCGGAGUGCGGACCACUCAGCUGCCGGCCGGCUCGAGUUGGAAAUUCAGGAGCUUUCGCGGUAGAGAGAGGGGAGGGGACUGGCCUCUCGCAGUUAGGAGGUGGCCUCACUCCCAGGAGGUUUUGUCCUGCUGUUUGCUUUGGGCUGGGCUGACCUGUCUUGGUGGUUUCCUGGGCCAGUAGAGGAGAACAGGACUGAGCAGGGGCCUAGUUUUGUACUGAUGAUGUGACACGUCAGUGGAAGCCCAGACCAGGUCGUUGGAUGGCCAGGACCCCCCUCCCUCUCCGAUCUUAGACAGAUCCGGGCCCUCCGGCCUCUCGUUUCCACAUCACGUUUUCUGUAUGCGACUACCUCAGCGUUAAUCCGAUCAUCCAGCUUUUUGUACCUUGGCACCGUUCAAAAGUCCGACCCUCUGGUGCCCAUUCUUAGUCAGAGGUUUUGUGGUGGGAAAGGAUAGUAAUUAAAGAGGCCGGGGCACCAUGGGAUACUAGGAAAGGGGGUUCCAGAGCGAUGCCUUUCCCCCACAGUAAUCUUCACCGGAGGAAAGGGCCAAUAUUUUUGUCGCCAAACGGGGUGGUUCAAGAAUGAAGGCUUGGUGUUGGUAUUUCACUUCUCCUUUCCCCACGGAUACCCUGAUUCUGGUGAGCUGAAAUGAUUGCUUUGCCACAACUGACUCUUACCCUGUGUUGCCAUGGAGAUCUUGUCCUGGAGAAGUUGCAUCGUUUGGCCUUUGGUGGGGAGGAGGAGGGAGAUGGGAAAUGCGCAUUUCUCGGAGACUGUAAAGCAGUGACUCACAAGGUGCCAACCAAUCAAGGCAGAAUUUUUUAAUGGUUUAUUAUAGAAACAACAGUUCCCUUCCUUAGUGCCUACUUUUAUUUAUAUGUGACCAAUAAUUUUGUCGAAUGUUUUGUAUCGUUUUAAACUGUAAAAUUCAAUUGCAUACUAUUG